ACCUAAGCGCGCAAGUUUAGUGCCCAAACAAAUAAAUGAACGUGGUACCUAUAAUUAACCCAUUGCACCGAACAAUCGAUAUAAAUGAGACUGGCUAGUCCAGAUGAGGUUGCCUGCCAUAUCUAACUGAAGAACCGUUUCAUUUUCGUGUGAAGGUGUACGUCCAUGUGUUGAAUUCGCAACUCGCGCGUUUGAUGUCGUUUUCCAAUGUCCUAAUCAUGCGACAGCCCGAUGAGGGCAAGUGCCACAUUUGUAAGCGGAUCUUUUGUUGCGGCAAAUGCCGCCAGAUGCACCAGUUCAAAGCCCACGCCAUUGCUGUGCGCGAGCCAUUGGGAUUGAGAGCGGCGGGCGGCGGCAUAGCCGAGCACCGCCAUCAAAUGGAGUCCGGGGCGGUCACCAUCUAUGUGUUCUGUCCGAUCUGCGAGCGGCGACCGCUGCUGCUUCGCGAGGAGAUGCACGGCGAGCUGCUGGCCCACAUCGAGACCUGUCACCUGCCGUUGAGAUGCCGCAAGUGCCAGCGCAACUACACGCGCGUCGACGAUCUGCGCGAGUUUAGCAAGUGUGUGGAUCAGCAGCAGAGCUGCGCGGCGGCCAGCUGCACUGAUGCCACCGGCGUCACAGAGACAUCGAAGGCGACGCUGAAGAAGGCGGCCAAUAGCACAGCCAUUUCCACGCAAACAUCGCCGGCCGUGACGCCCAUUUCGCUGAUCAACAUGCGCUGGAAGGCCAAGAGCCGCGUCACCCACGAGGAGUUCAUCAGCGACAGCGUCUCCUCCAUACGCAACCUGUCGUCGUUCAGCAACAGCUCCGUUCGUCGCUCUAUCGGCCACCUGGGCGUGAAUGCAUCGGAAGCUGUGGAGAAGGGCAAGGUGAUACGAUCAACGUCGACGCCGCUGCAGGUGGAGUCUGUUUUCGCCAAGCCCAAGGAGCCGAUUACCUUCAAUGCCUCCACUGGCGGUCAUGUGUCAAGUAUCUAUCACGAGGAGCCCAGUCCGGCACCCGAGACCAAUCCCGUCCAGCAGCAGCAGCAGCAACAGCAUCAGCAGCAGCAGCAGUCGUUGCAGCAGCGCGCCUGGAAGAUGGGCGCCCGCAACAAGAUGAGCGCCGCAACGCCGCUGCGCCAGGUCAUGUCGAAGAGCAUUCAGAAGGCAUUCGUGGAGCACGGCGGCAUGAUGGUCCACCAGCCCCCUUCCGGAGUAGUCCAGCGUCGAGUGCGCCUCGAUCUCAGCGAGCACAGUUCCUUCGAGGCAGCCGGUUCGUCCGCUCUGGACCUGCGACUCUCGCCAGCUGUGCGGCGCACACAGAGCGAGUCCAGCGCCUCGGAGGUCAGUGGCAGUGGGGGCUCGAGCUCCAGUUCCUCACGAAAUCCCAAUCAAUGCAAGCGGCAAUUCUUGCUGUCCGCCCAGAAACUAACCACCGAGUCGAUCAUCAUCACCCGAACGAACUCCAGUUCGCAGGAGAGCUCCUCCACGGUGUACAACUCCUGCGAGAGCGUUGAGAUCAUACGCUCCACCUCGGAAUCGGCGGAAGUGUGCCAUGUGCCGGCCAUCACGCCCAUUCGUGUCACCGGUGCCGGCAUCAACAAGAAACAGAUCAAGUUUGAGACGCCGCCCAAGAGCAACCAGCAGAUGCGACCAAAUGGCGAGGGUGACGAGACCAAGGAUCAGUUUUUCACGCCGGAACCGGGUACGCCGGAGCUGCCAGAGCGGCGUCGCCAGGCGAUUGUCCCGCGCCAGCUGAGCGGCGAGUUUUCGCCUAAGAAGGAUAAGUGCAGGGAUAAGGGGCUGGCGGUCCUGGCCCUGAUCUCACCGCCAUUACAGUGUCCCAGGGCGCGUCCUCCGUUGCGGGAAUGUCGCCAGCAGAGGGUCUAUAGCGGUGUGCAGGAUGUGGGCGAGCCAGAGGACGCGGAUGCGGACGCAGAGGAGGAGGACGAGGUGUUCCGGCCCACGAACGCCUCCACGCGCAACGACAAGAAGCUGGAUGCGCCCAACUCCGGUCGCCUGUGGUCGCUGAUGACCUCCAUGAUGCGGCUGCCGGCCAGCUUGCGCGGCGAACGGGAAAAGGAUAUGGAUAGGGAUACGGAUAAGGAUAAGGAGAAUAAGGAGAAUUCGGGUUCACUGAUCCGUCGCUGCGCCUCCAUCGCUGGCUCCUUGGUGCGGCCCAGUGCAAGGGACUCCGCCGUGGAGGACCACCAGAGCCUGAAGAGGAAGCGCACCCAGACGCUGGACAACCAGUACUGCCCGAUGUCGCCGUCCAGCUCCUCGAAGCGCUACCGCAUCCGGCCCAGAGAGCCCAUCGAGCGCAUGCGUCGCCAGUAGGAUAUACGUUUUAACCCGAGCAACUGUGUUCUAAUUGUGCAUUUCUUGUUUUUUCUCUUAAUAAAUAAAUGUUUUGUCCAGCA